AUAGGCUCCUGUUGACUAUACAAACACAAAUCAUCAAAGAAGUGGAUAACAUCUUCCAAAUCGUUCUUCCUCAAUUUGAUUGCUGUUUCAGAGAAUGGAACGCAUGAAGACGAAGGCCGUCCCGAAGAAACUUAUAUUAGCUGUCUUUGCGGUUAUCUUGGUUUUGCUGUUUGGAAUUUGGUUGAUUUGUUGUGAAAUGAUGAAAAGAAGAAAGGGCAGAAAACUAAAUCAAAGGUGUUUUAGUCACAAUGAGGGCAUAUUGUUACAGGACUUGACAAACCAUGAGGCAUAUGUUGAGAGAAGAAUGAUAACUUUUACUUUAAAAGAACUUCAGAAGGCAACAAAUAAUUUCAGUCGACAUGAGAAAGUUGGUGAAGGAGUUCAUGGAUCAGUUUACCGAGGAAUACUACCAGAUAAAAUGGUGGUAGCCAUAAAGAAGUUGAAAGUAGUUAACUCUUCCAGAAUUGUUAAUGAGAUGAUUGCUCUUUCUCAGAUCAACCACAGGAAUGUAGUGAGGCUCCUAGGCUGUUGUUUAGAGACCCGCAAGCCUUUACUGGUUUACGAGUACUUCUCUAAUGUUGGCACUCUUUUUGAGCACAUAUCCUAUAGAAGACAAUCCUUACCAUUUUCAUUGGAAUUACGAAUGAAAAUUGCUGUAGAAAUCGCAGCUGCACUAGCAUACUUGCACUCCUCCACAUCAAAGCCAGUAAUCAUACACCAAAAUGUGAAGGCACAGAAUAUACUAUUAGAUAAUAACUACAUGGUCAAACUGACAGACUCUGGAUUUACACCACCCCAGAUUUUAAUGCAGAGGACACUCGGAUACUUAGACCCUGAAUGCCAUCGAUCAAACAAGCUGACAGAAAAAAGCGAUGUGUACAGCUUUGGAGUUGUCCUUGCGGAGCUAAUAACUAGCAGAAGGGCAGCUUCUCCCCAUAGGCCCGAGGCUGAGAGAAGCCUGGCAACUCUAUUUGCUCGUGCAAUGGAAGGCAGGGUCUUGUAUCAAAUUCUGGAUGAUGAAAUUCUCAAUGAGGGAAACAUACAAAUUGUUGAAAAGGUGGCGGAUUUGGCAAAGAGAUGCAUAAGGGCAAGAGGGACAGAAAGACCUUCCAUGAAACAAGUAGCCCUGGAACUCGAGGCAUUGCGAAUUAUGGCAAAGCAUCCACAGGGCAUACUUAGUUUCUAUGAGUCUCCCGAAAAGACUGACCACCUUGUGACACCACCUUCAGACGCUUACAUUGUUGAUGUUAGAUGUGAAGGCUUUGGUGGUGGUUCUAGCAGUAUUAGAACAAAUGCAGAAGAAAUUGGAUAUCAUAGGUUGCAAGAAGUAGAUUAUUAUUUGACCUAAAUUUAUAUGUUUUGCAACUUUUAAUCAGCACUUGUAUAAUGCUUUGUUUUCAGCUCUGGUUUGAACUAGUAGUUGCUUUUUUGAUGACAUUGAACUAUUAGUUGUUGUUCUUGU